AUGCUCGGUUUCGGUCUAGGCGUUAACUCAUGGCGCCACGUCAGCACCACAUUCAAGCGCAAGCUCGGUCGCUUUGCAGAGGACUUGUCGGAAGACGAUGAGCAAGAUACAGUCGAAGCCCUCGAAGCCAGCCAUAAUAGAUCUACCGAAAACCGGAUAUACGGUCUAAGUCCAGACGCGCUUGCAGGGGCGCCAGAGGACCUGCUGCCUCUAUCAUUUCUUCAAGCCAGUACCAAUUGGCAGCUGGUGAUGCACACCGUUCCAGGAGGCCUGCAAUUAGCAUACACGCUUGCUAGGUCCCACGAAUUCAAGCAGCUGGCAGAAUCAGGCAAGUUUGGUUCGGACUUUCAAGGGACCAAUUCUCCAGCUGCUGCUGCCGCCGUCGCCGCACCUCCACAAUGUGCAGAGGUGAUAUCAUCCAUACAAAACCAGGUGAUGGCCAAAAUAAAAGACGAGCUUGUUGCAGGCAUAGAAUGCAAGGUAGUCGUCCGCAUCGUGGAUGCUCUGGUGCCUGCAGUGGAGACCAUGAUACGUGACGCGCUCGCGACGGCCAUGCCUCAGCAAUAUGCGUCACAAUCCGACGAUUGUUGGCCAAAAGAUCAAAGACUAGAGUACGUGAGUCCAGAGGAAACGCACGUCAUGGGUGGAAGUCAAGAAACCACCCAAGCCUUGUCAACAGCCGACGACAGCGAGGUUUGGUAUGAAGAACAGACGUUUAGAAGUACCAAUGAGUUUACCAGCAGCGAGACUGGGCAGGGUGCGAUCGGACUAGGCACAACCAGUCCACCUUCGGCAGACAGCAACAAGCUUGCAGGCGUCAAGUUAAUUCCUUUGAAUGAUGACAAUGACCUUGGUAGCGACCCGUUAAAAGCUAUCAACAUUUUGAGCGAUGAUGAACAAUAUCCUCCGCCGCCACCAAAUCAGUUGGUGAAAAACAAAGAUUCGAUACUGGCAAGAAAAAGUUUGUGGACCUUGCGCAUCCUUCUCGGUGACCAGCAGGCCAAUUGGUGGUCUUCCCAGCAAAAAGACGCCGUUCUCUCUGUGCUCAAACGAGAGACAGACAUCAUCGCGAUUCUCAGGACUUGGGGAGGAAAAUCUAUGCUGGCGAUCAUUCCCGCCAUCAUGGAUGCGAACAAGGCAGUGGUAGUCGUUCUUCCACUAAAAUCGUUGAUGACUGACUGGGAGAGAAAGCUGAAGGCCAUGCGCGUUCCUUUCCAAGUCUACGAUCCGAGCGUCCCGUUGCUCAAGGAUGUAAACCUCGUUCUAGUAUCCGCAGAUAAGGCAAAAUUCAAGACAGAGGCGAUGCAGUAUAUGCAGGAAAUUAGACAGCUCUCCAUGCAAUUGGUGUUACUGACCGGCACACCCCCGCAAUCUAGUGUUGCUGCCCUCAAGGCAGCCUUUGAUCUAGCAGACAAUGCCAUCGAGAUCAGGGAGUCGAUUAAUCGGCCGGAGUUAGAGUAUAUCAUGAAGGCUGCAGCUCCAUCGAAUGCACCAGAGGACAUGGUCAUCCAGAUCGUAGCAUGUGAGCGACAGAGAUGGACCUCUGAUGACAGAGGUCUGGUAUUCGUGACUUACUUGGAAGAUGGUGAAAGUCUUGCAAACAAGGCCGGGUGGCCAUUCUAUAACAGAUCGAAAGGGAUGAGCGACGCUUCCAGAGCCCACGCGUUCAGCACGGGCAACGAUUAUCCGCACGUCCGAGUCGUCAUCCACCUGAAGACCCCUUUAGAAAUGACGGAGAUAAUUCAGGCUCAAGGAAGAGGUGGUAGAGAUGGUCGGCUAGCGAGGUGCUAUAUCUUGCCAUCGUCUACCCCUCCUAAAAUCGCUAUUGGACGAUGGGAGGUGGACCACAAAGGCCUGUGCGGCCAACCUCAGUCAACAAGCGCAUCAUCGACCACCUCUCUAACUUACUCUAGUGAUCCAUUUGCAAAGGCACACGAACAGGCCGAAAAGUUCAGGGCAGAUAGGCUAGAUGAAGAGAUGAAGCGAGUGGAGCGCAUACGUCAAAGAAGCAGUGCAAAGGUACUUUGGAGUGGUAUGCGUAGAGAUUUAUGA